UCGAAACUUGCGUUGAUUCUCUAUCUAUAAAUAACAUCGAGUGCGGUGGAAAAAAAUAUGAUAGAUCCCCAGGCACUAAGGGGGUGGGUUGUGGAAUACAAGGAUGGAGGUUUAUUCUAGCUCAAGUUCAGCUUAAGGAUGCAAGUACAGUUACGUACCUAUUCAUGCUUCCACCUACUUUUAAAGCAGCUCCCCCUCUCACCCUUCUCCCUUUUGUUUCCUCUGAUCAGGGUUGAUGCUGAUUCUGACACGAAUAUACAUUUUUUACCUUCUAUGAAAAUGACUUUGUUACCGAGACGAAACACCUUUGCGUCCUGGAAUGGGUCAGGUGCAAGUGUUACACCGACUGAGACUUGUUCCAUUUCCAGUGAUGGAGUGACAUUCCUCCCAGCAAUGGUCGAUGCCUCUUGUGGAACUUCAGCAACACACCAUAGACAAACAACUGCGCAAAUGUUCCUCAAUGACCUGAGGAUUGUGACACAAAGCGUUCGAUGCAUACCACAGAUGGCAAGAUCCGUGCUUAGUAUGAAGUUUGCACGAAGUAUCCCUAGGUCUGUGCCAGAUAUUUGGGACAUAUGCCUACAAGGUAUCCUAUCCAUCCUGGAAUUCUGGGCGUUGAUAAUUGCGGUCCCCGCUUUCCUCUACCUCCCUGGGAUUGUCUUCGUGCCUCUCUGUGGGGUCUUCAUAGCUCUCGUCAGGGUAUUGUCCUGGCCUUUAAACAAAUCGCCACUUGUCAGAACUUCCAGAGGGCUCAAAGAUUCAACCAGAGUAUUCCCAGAAGAGACAUGGAUGUUUAUCCCCGGUUCGGCAACCAGCAGCCGCCAACUCGCCAGUUACCUCAGGGAACUGCAAACCAUCUUCUCUCGUCCCAUUCUAGGAAUACACAACACGACCUAUGGUGUGGUCGUUGACAUCCUAUUACAUCUAUCACCGUUUCCUAUUCGGAAAUCUUCAUCCAGAACUUUAUACAAUCGUCUUCGAUAUGUGCUUCUCAAGCCGUCAGUGAGUAAAGUGGUGGUACUUGCCCAUGGAACAGGAGCUGCGUUACUGGCACAGACCCUGGAUGCCUUAUUUGUUGAUCUAGGCGCUGAAUUGAUGGGGAAAAUCGAAAUAUACACCUUUGGAAGCGCGGCGAAGUAUAUGUCGAACCCGUGCUCGGUAGUCGAGAAGAGGAAAUCAGACAGUGCAAGAGGUGUCCCGACGAAUGGCGCCAUGGAUUGUCCUCCAAAUGUGGACAGAAUUGAAAAGCGCAGACGCGCCAUACCAUACAUUGAACAUUACGCCCUUUCAACCGAUCUCCUCGCAGCUGCAGGAAUUCUGCACCACGCCAUCAAAGUCCUCGAUAAUAAUUACUGCGGACGUAUCUUCGUUUUGAACGCACCGUCUUAUACCGGCUUUCUGUUCUCCCAGUAUCUAGCCUACCUCUUCCCAGCACUGAACCACGCCCAACCAAGCGCAAGAUCGGUUCUAGAUGAGAUUGUGAGGGUAGAUACCGCCACAGCCGAAAAGCACGAACUCACCGCGCAAGGCAUUUCUUUGCCCAUGAGCCCGACGACCGUCAAUGGAGAGAAGAAAUCGAGUUCUGGAGUGAGAAUUAUGACGGAUGGAGGAGAGAAGGCACGCAGAGGAGCGAGAUGUGCCGAGGGGAAGACAGUUAGGCAGCUGAGUCGGCUUUGGAUGUAUCGUAAUGGGGGGUUUCCAGACGAAGGGGGAUGGGUUCGAAAUGAUUGUGUCUGAGAAGUUCGGGCCUAAGAGGAGGUCUAUAUGAGCGGAGGUGCGCGGAGAUGAGAGCAUUGUAUGUGCGAAUGAGAUUGAUGAAACGGACAGUGAAGAGGAGGAGUUCAGCAGGUACUGGCGUAUAUCCGGACUAGGAUAGUGUGUACAUCUGCAACUCUUUGGCUCUCCUAUCUUAGAUAGGUAGAAUACU